AAUAAAAAACAAAAGUUGGUAGCAGUCAAAUUUUGGUAGGUGAAAAUUGAGAGUACCUACAAGAAGAGUUUGCUGAGUCUGAUUCCGAGAAGUGACAUAAAUUUACUUUACGUUACGGUGGUGAGUAGCGGCUGUGGCAGUAGCAGGGAGUGAUCAUGGAGGAAGCACAGAACAAGCAAGUGAUAUUCAAAGGGUAUAUAGAGACAGCACCAAAAGAGACAGACAUGGAGCUGAAGAUUAACAAAGUUCAACUCAAGGCACCAAAAGGGUCUUCAGCUUUUCUGGUCAAGAACUUGUAUCUUUCUUGCGACCCUUACAUGAGAUCCCUCCUGCGUCAGGGCACUGGCGGUCAUCAUCCUCCUUUUAUCCCUGGUCAGGUUAUUGAAGGAUUUGGUGUGUCAAAGGUUGUGGAUUCUGAUAACCCCAAUUUCAAGCCUGGAGAUAUAAUUUCUGGGAUUACUGGGUGGGAAGAAUACAGCUUGCUUAAGAAUCCUGAGCAGCUGAGAAAGAUUCCACCUGAUGAUAAAAUCCCUCUUUCUUAUCAUUUGGGUCUUCUUGGGAUGCCCGGUUUUACUGCUUAUGUCGGAUUUUAUGAGGUUUGCACCCCUAAAAAAGGGGAAUAUGUUUUUGUAUCUGCAGCUGCUGGAGCCGUUGGGCAGCUUGUUGGGCAGCUUGCUAAAUUGCACGGCUGCCAUGUGGUUGGAAGUGCCGGAAGUAGCCAAAAGGUUGACCUUUUGAAGAAUAAGCUUGGGUUUGAUGAAGCUUUUAACUAUAAGGAAGAGCCAGACCUCGAUGCAGCUUUGAAAAGGUACUUCCCACAAGGCAUUGACAUCUACUUUGAUAAUGUGGGUGGCAAAACGCUUGAUGCAGCAUUGAUUAACAUGAGGGUUCACGGCCGAGUUGCAGUUUGUGGGAUGGUGUCUCUCCAUAGCUACAAUGACCCUCAAGGGAUUCACAAUCUGUACAAUCUCAUACCAAAGCGCAUUACCAUGAAAGGAUUCUUGCAGAGUGAUUACUUGCACUUGUAUCCCCAGUUCCUGGAACAUGUUAUAGGCAAUUACAACCAAGGCAAGAUCGUUUACAUUGAAAACAUGAAUGAAGGUUUGGAAAGCGCUCCAGCUGCUUUUGCUGGAUUAUUUUCUGGCGAAAAUGUUGGGAAGCAGGUUGUGUGUGUUGCCAGGGAAUGAUGUUCCUCACUUAACCUGGUGUGUAACCGUAACCACAUUACAACAAUUUUAUUUUCCUUGCCAAAGAAGCCGGAAAUAUGCUUUUAGCUAUUCAUUUUAUGGAAAAAUGUUAUCUGUGUUAGGAGGUAAACUGCUUGAUGAAGUACUUGUACACAUGAAACCUCAUGGAAGGAUUGCAGCUUGUGGAUUGAUUUCCCAGUACAAUUUUAUUCAGCCUCACCACCAAGCUUUUCGGAAUGAAAGGCUUUUUGGAAACAGAGUUCAGACACUUGUAUUCAGAGUAUCUUGAGUUUGCCAUAAAAACCUUGUAGAAAGGGAAGUUGGAUUAUGUUGAAGGAAUAAAACUAUGCAUACAAGUGAUUAUACAAAUUAAGAUAAUAACUUGUGAUUGA